AUGGAUCUCUGCUGCUUCCCGAAGCUGCUGGAUCCGGCCGAGACCUUCCUCUGUUGCCUUCCCCUGGGCGCCGGGGUGAAGCUCCUGAUGUGGCCACACCACGCGCUCACGCUCUACACAGUCGCCACAGCCGCGGAGAACCUGAUCGCUGGCGACCUGGGAGCGACUGGAACAUCUCAAAUGUUCGAAACCAUCUGGUCUCUGAUCGGAGUCCCGAUCAUCACGGCGGGCCUUUGGGGAGUCCACCAUCGGUUGGAGCCGCAUGUGCGACUCUACUGGUAUUACUUAGUCCUGAGCUUCUUCAUUGACAUGUACUAUGUCGUCGACAUCUUCCUUCUGCGCGACGCCUGUGUCCACCUAGCCUUGGACGUCCAAGGCCGGCAGGGCCAGGCCUUCGCCUGUGGCGUCGCUCGGAGUGUGAGCACCGCCAGCGCCGUGGUUCUUACCCUCGUCUUUCUGUACCUCAUCUACAUCGUCUGGAGCUGGUGUGAGGACGUGGAAGGCACCGGCGCCGCAGACGCCAUGGCCAGCUUGUUGGACCUGGCAGAGGGCAAAAGGCGGCCGCAACGCCUUGGCUGGUCGCCAAAUGACCUGCCAGAGCUGAUUGGCCCCAGCUUGGACGCUACCGCCUCCAUCAUUUCUGGGGCUGGCAUCUUCUACGGUUCCAUCAGCAAUGCCAUCAACAAAGAAGCCAAGAUGGUGGGCCAGUUCGUCGUAGAGGAGGUUGGCGACAUCGAGCGCUACGCGACAGGCCUUGAGCAGCGCUGA